AUGGCAUUUGUGGUGCACAUCAGGAGGCGAAGACGACCAUAUCAGCGCGACGGAUGGGAGGGAAACGAGCGAGACGAUGUGGACGUCGAGUACGAAGUAUACAUCCCUCGCCUUUCUCUCUCCGUUGACCACAUCGCAUCGUCGUCGCCGUUUCCAUCGCCAGGCUCACCAUUUAUACCUCCACCACGCUUGAGUGCGCACGAAUUCGCCCUACGAACACCACUGCAGAUGCGCAACAACGUCCACAAAAAGCGUCCGUCGACCGAGCUGCCAUCCACGCCUGCCUCGGCAGCACUGUCGCCGACGAUGGCAACGGCAGCGGGGGGAUCGAGGCAUGUUGAUGACGACGUGACGCCGACCACGGCGUCCAUGAAGACGGCGUUCGACCGCACGGGUCCCUCGCCACCUACGACCCCCACACCGAGCGAGGCCGGUCCCAAUCCGCUCACACCACCGGCCACACCCAAGAUCACCAUUCCAGAGCCCAUACCCAGCCCAGCUCUGGGAUCGCUCCCCGACGUCGCGCGCCCCACUGCGCUCAAUCUCUCCCGCGUCUCCUCCCAGCGCGACUCCCUCACCUCGUCCCGCCCAGCACCCCCAAGCCCCGCACUAUCCCGGCGCACCUCUGCUGCGCUCUCACGCCGUUCCUCCACACGCUCCCGGCGCGCAUCCAGGCUCCCCGCAGAGGCCUCCGCGUCCGCCCCGCCCACGCCCACGCCCGCACCCGAGAAGGAGAAGAAGCGCAAGUCCUUCCUCGUCAAGAUACGCGACUUUGCCUUCUCGCGCAACGACGACCGCCACGUAGGCAAGGGUGUCGACGUCCCGCGCCCCAACCGCGUCCGCCGCAGCACUGCUAGCACCUCCUCCACCAGCUCCAAUGCGUCCGGCAUCCCCGAGGACGAACCUGAUUCCGGCUGGGGCUCCUUCCGGUGGAACACCCUCAGCGCUCACCUCUGGCCGCACGACACCACCCGCGAUUCCGUCGCCAGCGCGGAUGCAGGUGGGCCCUCGCGCACGGACUUUGAGCGCAAUUUCGACGUGUCGUCGCCCUCGGAGGAGGUCCCCGACCCGUACCAGCAGGGGGAAGACGAGGAGGAGUACGUCCAACCCGGCGAGGAGGGUCCGCUCAUUCCAGGCCUCUAUCGCGCCAUGUUCGCGUUCGAACCGGAGGGCACGGCGGAGAUGGCACUCGAGGAAGAGCAGAUCGUCAGGAUCAUUGGCAGGGGUGGUGGCGUCGGGUGGGCGAUCGUGGAGAAUGAGGACGGCGGGCAUGCGCUCGUGCCGGAGAGCUAUUUGGAGCUUGUACAGGCUGAGGAGGGCGAGGCUGAGGACUGA